AUGGCUGUUCCAGACCCAGAGACAAUACCCUCCCUCUCCUACUUCCCAUUUCCCAAAGAAGUGGCCCGUAACAUGUUCACCGAGGUGCGAUCAAUAGCCGCAGGUUUGGGCACAAAUGGUCUUGCAGAGCACGCGGACAAGAUAGAAGCUGGUCUCAACCGUAUGGGCAGCGGUAUGGACUCAGCCGGGAAGAGCAUCAAAACGGGCCUGGUGGUUGUGGGAAUAGGGCUGGGAAUAGGGCUAACGGUAAUAGAACAGAACAAGUUGAAGUUAAUAUCUCGUGCAUGUUUGUCCGAUCCGGUUAUUGUCAUGGCGGUUGUUGCGUUGCUUCCACAUUCUGCUAUGAUGAACAGCGUGGUGACCACUCCCGUACAGCUCGGCACUGCUGCCCACCGCAUAUAUGUAACGCGCUUGUACCGUCGCUCGCUUCGUCUAGCGGCAGACUGGUACUGGCAGCGGGCAGAGUUUCGUGAAAAGGCCUUGAUUAUCCGCCAUCUAUUCGAGCAAAACCGUAAUAACCCCAACCCUAAAGAAAUUGAAAAGUUGAUUGCACGAACUGAAUUAAUGCUCGCCACCUACCACCACCCCCAGCCAUACUACAACCCCACCGCACCCGGAGGUUCCAAAUGGGAGCGCAACAUUCCAUUCCCGGAAGAGUUGGUCAAACGGGGCGUCACACCAUUCGACAAUUGCAGCUAAGACUUACACUGUAAUCUAUAUCUGCGAUGGGGAAACUUUGAAAUGUGAAUAUAUACCGACAUCAUACGCUUCAUA